AUGAAUGCCAUCGUCGACAAAAGAAUAUCAUGGCCCAGAGACCCGGAGUAUCGAAUUGAGGUGGUCAUGAUCAACAUACCCUUUCAGUACUGCCCAUCGCACAUCGCCAACGCUAUGCCGCCAGAUUGCAGCGGCAGGCAUCCAUACGCUGUUGCCAUCGCAGAGGCGAGAUUCCAAAGAACGCCCGAGAAUUCCGGCGGUGAAAUUUCCGAGAUUGCGAUGGUAGAAUGGAAAGAGAUGGCUGUGACUUUCAGUCCGAUACCGAGAGAGUUUGUCACCGUCGUUCCUCUGAAUAAUGCUAUACAUAAAAACCAGGGAACAAAGUAA